AUGAUAUUCUCUAUGACCCGCAAAAGAGCGUACAAUUGGUACAUCUCUCUCGUAGCAGCAUCAUGUAUGGUCCUCUACGGAUACGAUGCAUCAGUCUUCAAUUCCGUCCAGGGAUCCAAAAACUGGCUAUCAUGGAUGAACAACCCCGACGCAGCGACAAUUGGUUCAAUUAACACAGCAUAUACAGUCGGCGCCAUCUUCGGCGGGUUUUUCCUGGGCGGGCCGUGUGCAGACUACCUAGGCCGCAAGUAUGGAAUGGGCAUUGGGUGCGUGUUGGUCAUGAUUGCGACUUUUAUGCAGACCUUCUCUCCUCACCAUAAUCUCGCUUGCUUCCUGGCAGGUAGAUGUAUCAUUGGUAUUGGCCAGGGUGUUGCGUUGACUGCUGGUCCCAUUUACAUUGGUGAACUGGCUCCGCCCGAAAUCCGCGGGAAGAUCAUGACCUUCUGGCAGAUGUUUUACUCCGUUGGAUCAUUUAUCUGCUUCUGGAUCAAUUUUGCUUGCACCAAGAAUGUUCCCCAGCUGGGCGAGUGGGAUUGGAAGCUGGUUGUUAUUUUCCAGCUCAUGGUUCCUACACUGAUUCUUGCUCUCUUGCCUACCAUCCCCGGCAGUCCCCGUUGGUUCAUCAAGAAAAACAACAACAUCGAGAAAGCCCGCGAAGCUCUACUGAAAGUCCGUGAUACCGUUGAAGAAGUCGAGCAAGAGCUACUGGAGAUCCGUGAAGCAAUCGAAUACGAAAAGGAAGCAAUCUCCAGCAACUACUCUGCUCUCUGGAAAGACAAGUCUCUGCGCAAGCGCAUGGGCCUAGCCCUGGUUAUCAACGCCGGACAACAGAUUACCGGACAAGGCUCGCUCAACUCUUACUCCACCAAGAUCUACCAGAAAGUGUUUACCAGCGACAGCCAGAUUGCGCUAAUCAACGCUCUAAACGCCACAUUCGGGAUUCUGUUUACCCUGAACGCGGUCUGGAUCAUCGACCGGUUCGGACGGAAGUUCCUUCUGGUCGUCGGUGGUAUCGGUAUGGGUCUCUGUAUGAUUAUUGUCUCGGCCGUUGAGACAGAGACACCUUCACUAGCCAACGGGUCCAAGUCUGAACCUGUGGGAAUAUCGAUCGUGUUCUUGUUAUUCUUGUUCAUUUUCUUCUAUAAACCAUCCUGGGGCGCAACAGUAUGGAUCUGGACAUCUGAGAUCUUCUCAAUGAAUGUGCGCGCCCAGGCCGUGGGCAUGGCAUCGCAGACACAGAACGUGGCCAACGCCAUCGUCCAGCAAUUCUUCCCUAUCUUCCUCGACAACGAGGGAUUCUACGCUUUUUACAUGUUCGCCGGUAUCAACUUCUUGCUUGCAAUUUUCGUUUGGUUCUUUAUUCCGGAGACUAAGCAGGUCCCUCUUGAGGAGAUCGAUACAUUGUUCGGCGGUGCCAACCACGUUGCGCAGGGACAGGAGGUGCUGGCGCAGCAGAAGGGCGCUCGGCUGGAGUGGGAAGGGGAUGAGAAGCCUAGUGCUGUUGUCGAGGAUGUUGGGAAGUAG